AUGUCGGGGGACUGGGAUGAAGACCUGUGUAAGAAGGCGCUGGUGUUGGUGGAAGAGCUGUGCUUCAACUCCCCAAGGGGCUACAGCCAAAGCGAACGCUGCCAGGAGUUCACCUACCUGCUGAGAGGUCGCAACAGACUGGACACAGAAAUCUCUGUCAGUCUGCUGUCGGUCAUCGUGACAUUCUGCGGCAUCGUCCUCCUCUCCGUCUCCCUCUUCGUCUCUUGGAAGCUCUGCUGGCUGCCAUGGCGGGACAAGGAGGGCGGAGGCCUGAGCCUGACGUCGGGGCUGCUGCCCGGAAGCGCCGGCGUCGGAAGCCUCGGCGGCACGGGGGGGUCGUCGCUCCUGCCGCCUCUGCUGCAGAGGAAGGAGGGCCACUCCUCGUCCUCGCUCUACCCCUCACUGGGCCAGCAGGGCCAGCACCACCCCCACUUCUCUGACCUGGUGGGGCUGGAGAGGGGGGAAGUUGGAUGUGUUGCUGGUGGGCCACAAGAGACCCAGGAGCAUUCCUACCUGGACAUGGACUCCUACCCCAACAACGCUGGAACUCUGAAGCUGAGUACCACGUCUCCGGAUGUGCCCAACCCAGAGGGUGGAGCCCACCCACCAAAAGACCUGCCCAACGCUCAUUCCCAGCAGCCGGUCACCCCACGGCCCAAGCCCAUGACUCACCAGCUCUCCAGUCCGGAUUUCCACGGUGAGGAGAAGGAGCAGGUCACCAGUAUUGGGCAAAUCAAGCCGGAGCUCUACAGACCCAAGGGCGACCAGGGCGAAGGCAAACAGGGCGACAACUGUGGCAAGAUCAGCUUCCUCCUGCGCUACGCCUUUAACACGGAGCAGUUGGUGGUGAAGAUCCUCAAAGCUCUGGACCUGCCAGCGAAGGACGCCAACGGCUUCUCUGACCCGUACGUCAAGAUCUACCUACUGCCAGACAGGAAGAAGAAAUUCCAGACCAAGGUUCACAGAAAGACCUUAAACCCAGUGUUCAACGAGACAUUUCAGUUCGGCGUGCCGCUGAGUGAGCUACAUUCCAGGAAGCUGCAUUUCUCUGUGUACGACUUCGACCGCUUCUCCAGACACGACCUGAUCGGCCAGGUGGUGGUGGACAACCUGCUGGACUUCAGCGAGGGCAGCGGGGACAAACCCGUGUGGAGGGACAUCGUGGAGGGCACCGCGGAGAAGGCUGAUCUCGGGGAGCUUAAUUUCUCGCUGUGUUACCUCCCCACUGCGGGCAGGCUCACUGCUACAAUCAUCAAGGCCACCAACCUCAAAGCCAUGGACCUGACCGGCUUCUCAGACCCGUACGUGAAGGCCUCUCUGGUCUGCGACGGGCGAAGGCUAAAAAAGCGGAAGACCUCCAUUAAGAAGAACACGCUGAACCCCACGUACAACGAGGCGCUGGUGUUUGACAUUCCCAAUGAAAAUAUAGAAAGUGUUUCCAUCAUCAUCGCGGUGAUGGACUACGACUGUAUUGGUCAUAACGAGGUUAUAGGGAUGUGUCGUGUAGGCAGCGAAGCGGAAGGCCCAGGAAGAGAGCACUGGACGGCCAUGCUGGCCAAUCCACGCAAACCCAUAGAGCAGUGGUAUCAGCUUGUGGAGGAAAAAGCGAUUGGUACAUUUGUGUCGAAGAGCACCACAGAGUCCUCGCCCAAGCCUCACAUCGUCGUGGACAGUCCUCACUCUGAUUAA